AUGCCGUCCUCAUCCAUCGUUACACAAUCGCUUCUCGCUGUUGCACUUUUGUCUGUAGCCAUGGUCGAGGCUGCUCCAUUGGAACCGGCCAAAAGUGCAGCGAAAAACACGAAAACAUCGGCCGCCAAAACAAAAGGAUACGUCCCCACCCCAAAAGCGCUUCGACGUGGCAAGCGAAACGUAAUUCUGGAAGAGAUUCCAGAUGAUUCUGAACCAGUUUUGGGAACUGAAGAAGACGUGCUCCGCGAGCAACUUGCUGGUCUCAGCGAUGACCAACUCGCCGUUCUUGCGGAAAUCGUUCAAAACGAAAUCGACCAGUACAACCCGGAAGCCAUUGAAGCAUAUGAGAUCGUCGAGCUUCCAGAAUACUUAACCCAACCAAUCGAAUAUAUGCCACGCGAUCGUCGCUCGGUUCCAGUCUUCGAGGCGUUCGAUGAAAAUGACCUACCGGAACAAUAUGAUGAUAACCAAGAGCUAAUCUUCGUCCCAGAAGAAGCUCUUCUAGAAGCCGCUGCUGAGGAACAAGACGAGCUGGAACUCCGUCAAAGGAUAGCUGAAAUUGCAACGAUUCUCAACGAGAGAGCCUCCCGACGAUUGAGAUUUAUCUAA